AGACCAUGCCGCUGCCAAAAUCCCGGAAAAUCGCCGUGCUGGGCUACAGGUCGGUGGGGAAGUCUUCUCUCACCAUCCAGUUCGUGGAGGGCCAGUUUGUGGACUCCUACGAUCCCACCAUAGAGAACACGUUCACCAAGACGAUGACGGUGAACGGCCAGGAGUACAACCUGCAGCUGGUCGACACGGCUGGCCAGGAUGAGUACUCCAUCUUCCCUCAGAGCUACACCAUCGACGUGGACGGCUACAUCCUCAUCUACUCUGUGACGUCCUACAAAAGCUUCGAGGUGGUCAGAGUGAUCCAUGAGAAGCUGCUGGACAUGGUGGGGAACGUCCAGGUGCCCAUUAUCUUAGUCGGGAACAAGAAGGACUUGCACAUGGAGAGAGUGAUCAGCUUCGAGGAGGGCAAAGCUCUGGCCGAGUCGUGGAACGCUGCCUUCCUCGAGUCUUCAGCCAAAGAAAACCAGACAGCGGUGGAGGUGUUCAGGAGGAUGAUCCUGGAGGUGGAGAAGAUGGAGGCGGGUCAGCCGGCGGGUCGGACUCCCUGUUCCAUGAUGUAGCUCCAACACCGUCCGGCGCUGCAGGCUGGACAGAACCUCCACUGUUGGUCUCAUGUUCUGGCCGGGUACACAAGACUCUGUUGAAAAAUCUGUCGAUUUAACGUUGUAACAACACACAACCCUGAGGCGUUGGGCCUCGACACACAAACAACAACAAGCACGGUUUUAUUGUCUUCGUACAAACUGCACAACACACAGACAAACUCAGGAUCAUGUUUUGCUGAAGUUUUCAGACUGAACUGAGAGCUAGAGUCCAGAACAUCUGCACCGAGCACAGCAGAGGUCGGUUAGCGAGCCGGGUUUGAAGUCCAUUUUAACAAUACGAAUCCAUUCAGUGUGUGUUUCUGUGAAGCUGAAUUCGCUGUAAGACUACGAGGACUUGUAACGUGGAUCGGGUCGAGUCACAAAGUUAACACAGCGGCUGAUUUGCACGACAACCUUAAAUGAACAGAUUUUCAGAUGGGGUUUGGUAUGAGGUCUGCUUCCUAUAACAUCCGUGUGACUCGUGAACCAGAACCUAUUCCAACAGAAAACCCUGCAUGGACAAAGAAAAUGCUGUUUUGAUUUGAAGCAUCUCUUCCAGAGUUUCAUCCUAUUUUCCUGGUGUUACAUCAGUUCUAUGUUUACAACCGAUGAGUUGAUCAUGCUGCUACCUGACCUCCCUCAACUUCUAGAUUUAAGAAAUUAAAACACUUUUUUUAUGUAA